AUGGAUCCUCCCAACAAAAGAGCCUCUGCUCUCCGCAGGAAACCGAUCCAGAGACAAUCUUUGGGGCUGUCCGAUGAAGAGGGCAGCGAAAAUGAAACAUUCGAUUUGGCUGCGGCCACCGUGUCCGACGGCUUUCGACCAACAAAUUCAUCACCAACCGACAGUUCAUCAGUAUUCUCGACGACAAACAAUCUCACCAGCGCCUCGGCCGCCUCUUCGCAAGCUCGAUUACUAUCUCAAAGUCCAACCAACGAACAGACGCCCACUUCUAGCCUCUCCAAGCCUUCAGCAUCUGCCUCUGCCCGCCCAUCAAGCGCAGUCAAGCCUCCGCGGCCUCAUGAUUCACUCACGCUCCGCAGCGAUGGUUCAAACCCUCUUCAAACCGAUCCGUCAUUAUCGUCGGCGCUGGCGUCGCUCUCAGAUGCGCCUCGGAUACGGCCUCAGAGCCCUUACCGAGGCCCCACUGGCCCUUCGCACCCGUAUCAAAUGUACCCGCAGAGAACACUGAGCAACGGUUCGGCUCCUGCCGAGCAAGCUGCAGGCCGCGGCCCUGCGCAUCCAUAUGCUCUCUACCCUCAAAAUACUGUCACCAGCGGCGAUGAGACGCCUAAUCAGAUACCCAUUGGCUUUUCGACAUCUGACGAUGGUUAUCAAAGGCAAAUCGGCCCGGAUGGAGAAGACGUAGGAGGUUUGGUUGGACCAUUGGGACAUACCGAAGAGCUGCCUCCUUACACAAGAUACCCCGACCAGGCCGUUGUCCGAAAGGCUACCCCUCCUGCGGUUGUGCUUCCAGAAGAUGGCGCAUCUAGUGAUCCAGCUCGAACCGUCACUGGGGCUGGAGGGAUUGGAGUGGCGACGCGAAAUCCAGAAUUUUCAUCUACAGAAGAAGACCUUCAGCCUUCACAGUCUAGACCAUCCACUCGCAGCCAUCACGACAUUAACACUGCUGCACAUAACCAGGCGGAAAAGCCUCCAAUGAGCAAGUGGCAGCGUAGGGCAAAGAAGAAGCUCUGGGGCAUCGUGCCGUACUGGGCAAUAUGUCUAUUAAUUAUAGGCGUUAUUCUUGUUGGCGUUAUACUGGGUGCUGUCAUAGGAACAGUUCUCUCGCACCAUAAACCGCCAAAUCACGGUUCUGAUUAUCCACAGUCGUUUCCGACGCCAACGUCUGAUGUCAUACCUUUACCCUUUGUCCCUCCACGUCUACCUCAUCUACCUACUGGUACAUAUGAGCUGCCACCUCUGAUUGCUAACCAAUCACCCAAGGCUUGCUUCAACGAUACCAGACAAAGUGCUGCUUGGAGCUGUAGCAUGCCUUCUAGCUACUACGAAAUGAAGCUCAGCAAUAUGACCAACGAAAGACCGACGUCAUGCUAUAGCCUCUCUCUCAAGGCCGUCAAUCUCAUCGAUUCCCGGUUGCUCUGGGGCACGCAGCCUCCCAAUAUUGAUAAUGAAAUAUUAACACUUGUCAACGACACAUCUGAGCCUCACCGUGGCCCGGCGUGGUGGCUCAAGGUUACAUAUGACAAGAUAGUCAUUGUCGCUGAGAAUGCUUUCACCCCUCCUAACCCCAAGACCAAACGUUGGGACAACAUGGGUGGACCAUUCGACGAUUAUGAUGUAACCCGAACAAACAAACCUAAUGGAGCUCAAGACGGUGACAAACCCUGGAUAUGCACCUGGCCUGGUACGACUCUCGAAGUGUUCAUCUACCCCAUCCAGAAUUCUAGCGCUUCAGCCAAACCAACUUCACGCACAGCGGCCUCGUCAGCGGCCUCGUCGAUGAGCUCUGUGCCCAACCCCUAUGCUUCGGAGGGUUUAUACCCUUACCCCAAAAGUGUCAAGUUUGUAGAGAGACGACAAGCCAGCAACACUCCCAGACCUUUCUGUCGCCAAGUUCAGGUCGUCGACAAGGGACGGGGUGUGGCGAAUGUGACGGAUAGCCUUGGGAAUCCCGUUCAAAUACAGAUUAACGAGAACCUUGACUCGGACAAGCAGGAAACAUCCCAAAACAGCCGCUCGCUCCGAAAGAUGUGGAAUCAACCCUGGAAUUCUCAGAAAUUGGAGCAGUUGACGCCUUGUGGCUGUCUUUGGUGGUCCUGA